GGAAGAGGAAGGCCAUCCAGUUUCGAUUCGGUGUCUCGUAAAGUGUGCUUAAUUCACUACAAUAACUGGUUAAAACAUGUCAAGUUUGUUCAGAAGAGAAUUAUUUAAAUAUUUAGCUUGCAGGACAAGACCAUGGACUGGAAAUCGUCAUAUAAGACAACUUCCACGACAGAAAAUUCUCACUCCCAAAGUUCGUCAUGAAAGGACAGGACAACCAUUUGAAUUAUUAACCGGUGCAAACUCAAGACAGUUUGCAUCAGAGACGGAUAGAAUGGAUAAAACACAGAAAAAUMUUUGGAAAAUAACAAGAAUAUUAUUUUUGAUAACUGGAGGACUUUUUUGGACAUUACCAAUUGUUGUGUAUGCUGGAUACAAACUUGGUUUGAUUAAAGUUGAAGUAGAAGAAGAUGAUUACGAGUAUAAUGAAGAUGAAAAUAGUCGUAUGACGAAUGAUCGUAUCUUUGCCAUAUUUGAUGUUUCAAAAGAURCCGAUAAAGYUAGUAGAAACAAGGAGAUAGGCGAGAAGUCCACAGCAUUGAUCAAAGCUGUGAACCAAAUUAGGCUUGAAGAAGGAAUUAUGAGGAAGUUUGGAGGUCCAAUUGAUUUGAUUGGAUACAUAGGAAAGUCGUGGAUUGGAUACUUUGAAAAGAACCAACAUUUUGGCUCAGAAGAAUUAAAAAUAAACCUUCUGGGUGAACAGAUGAAUGACAAGAAGAAAGAUGGAUCGUUGGAAUGGUGUAUAGUAUGUAUUGUAGCUGGUCCCCAACUAACAGGRGUCUUGGAGUUGCAAUUCUGUAAAGUAAAUUCAGAAUGGAUUCCUGUGUCAUUACGGCUGGAGGGACUUCAAAAGACUGGAGACAUYAUCUGUGAUGUGUCGGGACCUUURCCAAAUGGUGUUACAAGAUUCACUCGUCUAGCAAAUGACUAGAAUAAAAUCUAAAGAGAUAAUGGGUUCUGUUCUACUACAUAUGUAUAACCAUAUUGUGUAGAAAAUUGAAUAUAAUAAUUUCAACUGUUAUCAUGAAACUUACAAAAUUGCAAUUUAGCAGUUUAUAGCUUUUUAGUUUAUUUUAAAAGAUUUCUUAAAGGUAGAGUUGAAUCUCCACUUGGCAGAUGGUAUUGUAAGCAGAAAGCACUAGCUAGAUUUUUUAGGGAGGUAGGAGGAGGGGGAUUAGGCAAUUUCAAUUGUGUCCUACUGUGCAGUUUCAGGGGGGGAAAUGCAAGUCUAGAAUAUUUUCAAGUUUAUUAUUAAGCUACAAUCCUUGACAAAAAGGUUGAGAAUAACUGCACCCUUAAAGUCAGUUCAUCCUCUCUACCMACUCUCCUUUCCCAAUACAUUGUUAGCACUCAAACAGAAUCCAGCAAGUAUGUGUGCUCUCUAAAAUGCAACUUUGAGUGAAGGGGAACCGGGGGAGGCCAGAAAAAAAAAAAA